AUGGAUUCAUACAUGAAUUCUUCUUUUCAUUCUCCUCGCACUAUUUUACAAAAAUUCAUAAGCUUUACUCCAAAAAGCUCUAUAGAACGAGAAGGUACAGCAGUGUCUACAAAUUUUGACCAAUUAAAUGCUAGCACAAAAUCAGAAUUAUCUCCAUCUUCCCAAUAUGAAGAAUCCACGAUAUCAAGGCUUCAUUCCUCUUACAAGCAGCAUGACUAUUGAAUUGAAGAACAAAAAUUUAGGAAAUAUUUAUCGGAAAAACUUGCAAUGCAGCAAAAGCCAAAUAUUAAUAAAAAUUCAAAAACAUUGUAUGCGUCGAAACUGAAGCCAAUCUAUCAAAGGAUAAACGAUGUGAUUAAGCAAAGAGAAGUGAUGCUAAAUAAAAUGCAAGAAGAGAGCGAAAAUAAAAAGAAAGAACAGGAAGACAAAGAAUGUACUUUUAGACCGAAUAGCAGAAAUAACACCCCUAAAAGAAAUGAAAACAGAAUCAAUGAAUCUUUUAAUAGUCCAGGGAAGCUUGUUAAUAGGAAAGUUGAACCAAAAUUGACUGAAAACAAUAUAAACAAAUCAAAUAUAGUUCAAAAGCAGCCUGAUAAAUUAAAGCAAGAUAAUAGAUCAGAAACUCCUAAAAUAAUAAGAAAAACACACGAAAAUAUAAGUAUAGUAACCACAAAAACUGCUAAAAAGCUUCCUAAAACAAUAAAUAGAUCAAAAACACCUCAAACAUUCCGAACUUCACCAGAGAAGAAAAUGCAAACACACAGAUUAAAAGCCCAAGCUGGAUACUCGCCACAUCCCACUACACUUUCUUUUUCUGAAGAAUUUCAAUUUUAUUCCCCAUCAAAGUCUCAAUCUCCUUCCCCAAUAAAAUCCCGGCCAAAAUCUCCUUCUCCAACUCCCCCAGAAAAUAUAUUUUACAGUCUGCCUAAGUAUUUGAGCAAUUCUCCUUUACAUUCACAUGCUUAUAAAAUUGAAAUUUCUUCUCUGAGUGCUUUAAAAAGUCCAAAAUAA